AUGGCAUUCAAACGACCAUCCAUACUAAUCUUCCUCUUCCUCGUCUUAACCGCCGCCGGCCAAAUCACCGCCGCGGAUGACCCGGUUCCGGCGCCAUGGCCACACCAGUUUCACGCGCUAAUGUUCAUGAAUUACUCCGGCGACCUCUCGAUGAUCGACCUUUGGUACGACUGGACCAACGGUCGUAAUUUCAACAUCAUACAGGAGCAGCUCGGUGGGAUUACCUACGACCUCGAAUGGAACAAUGGCACUUCCUUUAUCUACACAGUCGACGAGUCAAGAUCGUGUCGCUCCGUUCAGCUCGAGGUUGGAAUCCUGCGACCAAACUGGCUAGAUGGAGCAAAGUAUCUAGGUCAACAAAAUGUGAAUGGGUUUCUCUGCAAUGUAUGGGAGAAAGUAGACUUUAUAUGGUACUAUGAGGAUGUUGCAACCAAGAGACCCGUCCAAUGGAUCUUCUAUACAGGGAGGGAGGCUCAUGUAAUGACAUAUGAGGUUGGUGCCGUACUAGAGGAUGAGAAAUGGCAAGCGCCGGUUUAUUGUUUCGACAAAGAGAAGAAGAAGAAGGGUAUCGCUAUAGAGGGAGCUUUAAGAGAAUUUAAAGAGAAGGCUGCUUUGUAA